AUGAAACCACGGGAAAGUUCCACCAUGAGCUCGCUGGUGCAGAUGAUCGCGCGACAGGCCCUGGUCACUUUCCGCCAGCCGCCUCGCUCGUUCGCCGACAAUCACAAGCAGCUGCUGGGCCUGAUUAGCCAGGUGCGAAGCGCCGACCUGAGGGUACUCCCGCCCGUGUCGCCCCCUCCCCGAGGCGCCCCCCCGGUCACCUACAUGCACAUCUGCGAGACGGAGCAGUUCAGCAUGGGCGUCUUCCUGCUAAAGAGCGGCGCCCGAAUACCCCUGCACGACCACCCGGGCAUGCACGGCGUGCUCAAAGUGCUCUACGGAAAGUUGCGGGUCAGUUGCUUCGACCGGCUGGACGCCGGGCCGGAAGCGGGCGAGGAGCGGCCUCGACUGGGUGCCCUGCGGCGCUCGGUGCUGCGCUCCAGCGCAGAGUACACGGACGCCAGCGAGCCCUGCGUGCUGGCGCCCGACCGGGACAACCUGCACCAGAUCGACGCCGUGGACGGACCCGCCGCCUUCGUCGACGUCCUGGCGCCGCCCUACGACCCAGACGACGGGCGCGAUUGCCAUUAUUUCCGGGUCCUACAGGGGCCCGAGGUCCGAGAGCCGCACGACCGCGAAGUCCUACUCAUGGAAAUCGCGCAGCCCGUGUCCUUUUGGUGCGGGACCGAACCCUACCUUGGCCCCGGCGUGCGCCUCUGA